UCGAACCUCUGACACCACAUUCUGAGGACCCUUUUUGGGUCGUCCGGAGGCCAUUUGACUAUUGGACUUGCUUGACAACAGGCCAGUAUUAGCUUAGAGCAUCGUUUUGUUCUUGUGACAUCGAAGUGUUCCAGGUCUUCCCUGCGGCAUAGGGCUCAAACGAGUGUGAAGCAUGCUUUUUUGCCAAACCUCCAGUGAAAUGUUCAUGAUGGGACUCAUCCACUUCCUUGCGUUGCCUUUGGUGUUUGCUGCGCGGCAUCUCCAGAAUGAUGCUAGUGGCUACAUGAUGGUUGUCAGACAUGAUGGCUCAGAUUCGGCAGCAGAUUUCAAUUUCUCAGGUUUGGAAAAUGGCUCAAAUGGCUCACAGUUGGAAAAUGACGAGCCACUGCCACCAAGACCGCCAAGACCGAGAGGACGACGACAAAAACGACCAAAGUUGAAGGGCCCUUUGCUCACUUUGAAUGGAAAAACAGACUUGAAAUUUCAAUUCCGAUAUGAAUGGUCAUCCAUUCCUGUCACUGGUUGGCACGACCUCAUCAUCAACGGCUAUGUCUCCAGCAUUGUAGACCUGUUACAAGAGAGGCCAGAGCUGCCUUUGACGUGCCCACAAGACUUUGUGGGGCAUCAGGUGUACCUGAUCCUCCGCGAAAAGUUGAAGUUCACAGAGAUCCUUCAUUCCAAAGUCUUCACUGCCAUAUCAGGUGUGGCUGGAACCUCCGUUGGAGGUGGAGCCAAGUCCGCUUUGCAGGGUGUGCUGACCAAACUCCUCCCUGCUUUCAAGAUGAAUGUGGCAGCUGCAGCAUCUACUGCCCAUACUGCUCAUCGAAGCGGGCAAUUAGUGGCAUUGCAAGGGAAAAUUGGGAGAAUGCUGAGCAAAGGUAUCUCCAAAGAUGGUGCCAUGGCUUUACUGAGCUCAUUUGUGACCUACGGUCUGGUGUAUGAGGAGGAGACAGGCACACCCUGGUCGCUGGAGGGCAAGGGAAACGCCUUUGAUUGGAUUUUGUCACAAGUCCACACCAUGACCCGAUUGUAUCAUUGGCUCAGCUGGACCGAUAAGUCAGUACGACUGACUUUGAAAAACACCUAUGGCGGAUUUCAGUACGGUGAAAAAUAUUACUAUGACCUCAAGAUGAAAUGCGUGAAAUCUCCUCCCGGGUCGGAAUUUAAGGCUUUUGUCGCAUUUGAAAACGAGGAUGGCCUCAUCGAAAGGGUGACUGCCAAACAUUUGGCCGUUUACGUACUUGUGCUCUCAUGACCAUCAUGACUGGACAGCGACCGAUGCGGACAGCACGGCGAUCGAG